UAGUGAGAGCAGCAAUAUUUGAGGGAAUUGCUUGGACGAAGACUAUAUAGGUUGCUGGAAAACUCAUUAUGGGAGAAGAUCGUAGUUUACAGUGAAGGACACGUACGUAUGCUGCUUUAAUUAAUAUCAUCAAUGGGAGACGUAUUUAAUUGUUACAACUACAACAUGUACAAAUGCCUGUCCUGAAUAGUAAUAGAGGUUGUAGAAAUCAAAUCUGAUCAGCAUCGGAGUAUUCUAUGUAUACAUUUCAAUAAUUGUUUCCUUCUAAAUAUCUUUUUAAAUACACCUGAGAAUUUUUCACAAGCAAAAAUAUAAAACAAGUACUACAGUCUACAGUUCAUACUAUCUUCUUAAAACUCUCAAAAUUUUUGGUCACGUCGGGAUCUCAGUUAAUUUCAAAGCAAGGAUUAACUGGGGUUAUGAGCUGUCCACUACACAGUCUACACCAUGACAAUCAAGUCAGCUUUGAUAUAUGGACUUCAGUCCUCAGUCAUUUACUAACAACCUAAAGUCAGUGCAACAGUUCCCCAAAAAGAGCAAGAAAAAAGAAAAAAAAGCACAUUUUCCUACUCACAGAAUUGUUGUAAUUGGUGAGCGAGCCACGGCUCCAGGGGACUGUCUCUUCCACAGGAAACAGCCCUCAACCUGGUCAUACAUUAUUUAAGUCUUAAGAUACUUUCUCUGUGCUUAAAUCCCUCCCUCCCUCCCUCCAUUCUAUCUCAAUCAAACACCCGAUCCUUCUAUAGUUCUUUCUGUUCUUCUUUCUCUGAAUCCCCUUCUUAACUGUAAUUUACCUCACAAUCGCCAAUAUCUUCAUAGGCUGUGACUAACUGAUGGCCCCAAGAACCUGUCUACGCGGCCUGAAAGUAGCAGUCACUGUGGCUUUCGUCUUUUUUCUCACGUUUAUACCUCCGAAAUCAGGAUACGGCGAGAGUUUAGCGCGGAAGGAACUGGUGCUGGGAUCAAAGCCACCUGCUUGUGUGAACAAGUGCUUGAAUUGCAGGCCUUGCAUUGCUACUCUAGUCAUUCCUUCUCACCAAAGCAAAGGGAGUUUCGCUGCAUGGUCUCUUAAUGAAGAUGACAGCUACUAUCUCCUCACAUGGAAAUGCAGAUGUGGGAAUAAGUUCUAUCAACCAUGAAUAUCUCAAUCACUCACCAUUCUGUUUGUAGAAAACUGUUACAAAUUAAAGACCAGAAAAAUGCUCAUUUCAAGGCGCCUCUCGUCUCUCUUAUCACUUGUAGUUUGCUGUAUGAUAUCAUUAGAUUUAAGUGAUUUCGAUCUCAUGCGGCCCUGCACUCCUUUACUUCAUCUUGUCUAAGAAAAUAUUAUUUUGAGAUAGAUUCUUUUGGGUUGCUUUUUAGUCGCAUUGAAUGCUUGAUGCGCUUGCUGAUCAUAAUGAUCAGACUUUUUA